GCAAAGAACUCAACUAAAAAAUUGAGAAAGUAUACUUAUGAUUGAAAUUGAUUCUAGACAUUCAUAAAAUAGCUUGAAUGUAUACAUACCAACUUCCUAACGAAGUAAAUUAAUCAACAAAGCCCCUUCACUUUCAUGAAUGAAGCACAUGCGUGCAACGAGGAAUAGUUCCACGCAGCGCCCCUUAUCACCGAAAGCUCGUGGAAUGGACUGUCGAGCAAAAACGCACGUUUGCCGGGUUGGCGAUGGUCAGUUCCUGGUUUGCAAUUUGAAUAAAAACUAUACCCAAGGUUAGUCAAGUCAUCAGUUCAGUUCUGCACAGUUUCAACCCUAUCCAAUCCAAUCCCGUCGAACCAAGAUGAAAAUCGCCGCCAUUGCCAUCAUCCUCGCCUCGGUUUGCGCCUCGGUACUGAGCGCCCCGCAAUGCCUUAACUGCCAAUGCACCAAGCCGAACGAGGAGUAUCAGCUUUGUGGAACUAGCUGUCCCAAGACCUGUGACAAUCCCUCAGGAGGAACCUGCGCAACAGUCUGCGUAGCAGGAUGCUUCUGUAAGGAUGGUUACGUUCGUAGCGCCGAUGGGUCUUGCGUUCUUCCUGAAAACUGCCCGUGUGCCCCAACCACUACUCCUGCACCGUGCACCACUACUACUACCACUCCUGAACCAUGCACUACUACAACCACUACUCCGGAACCGUGCACCACAACGACCACCACUCCAGAACCAUGCACUACCACCACAACAACUCCUGAACCGUGUACUACUACCACUACCACCCCUGAGCCAUGCACCACGACCACUACAACCCCCGAGCCAUGCACUACUACCACGACCACCCCUGAACCAUGCACUACCACUACCACCACCCCAGAGCCAUGCACCACCACCACUACAACCCCCGAGCCAUGCACCACUACCACCACCACCCCGGAACCGUGCACCACCACUACGCCAGAACCAACGACGACUACUGCGCCGUGCACUACGACCCCAGAGCCUACUACUACCACGGCACCAUGCCCGACCACUACGACUCCUUGCUAGGCGUCUCGUGCGGAAGCGACUUCAAACCGCUCUGCUAACGAUGAACUUCCGGUAAUCGACUACUGGCGCACGACUCAACUGACCGGUUACAGUGCAUUACGACGUAACUGUGAUUGUAGCAAUAUUUUCGCGAAAAUAUCUGGUACCCAAUGAAUAUAAGGACAAUUUGAAAAACAAAAACAAUGCAUUCGUUUCACUGAAUUUGUAUUUAACAAAACUUGGGAACUAUCACAGAUGAGCUUGUGCUUGA